AUGAACAACCUAGACGGCCCACAAAACGGCACCCACAUCGAACCCCGCGCAUCCUCCCUCUCGCGCUCCGCCUCGCGCGCCAGCGCCCGGAGCCGCACCAGCUCCCUCUCCCGCACCCAAAGUCUCAUCAAGAAGAACAUCGAGCUUCAAGAUCUGCGCCCUGCGGAUGUACUCAUCGAGCGCUUCGUAGCGUGGAAGGCGAUCGUCAAGCAGCUUACUGCGUAUUUCGAAGGCAUUGCGGAUAUCGAGAAUAACACCGCGCGCGAGCUCACCAAGCUCGCAGGCGUCAUCCAAGUGCCCUUCCGCGCAGGCAACCAGUUCCUCGGCGGGGGUGGUUUACAAGACGUGUACUACGACAUCCGCGACAAGACCCGCGUCAUCGCGGACCACCACGCCGAUCUGGGCCGUACCAUCGACUCGAGCAUCGUCCAACAUCUCCAAAAGCUGCGCGCGGAGAUCAAAGCUCAUAUCAAGAAUGUCCAGAACGACACGGGCAAGCUCGCAGCUGGCGUUGCGCGCGAGCGCGAGCUUUCGACGAAGCUCGUUGGCGAGCUCGCUAAUUCCAUCUCGACGUUCAAAAACACGCCAAUGAACAUCCACGCCAAGAACGAUCCAUACAUCGCAAACCAACUCGUCUCCCGCCAACUAUCCCGCCAACUCCUCGAAGAAAACCUCCUCCAAAAAUCCCUCAUAAUCACCCAACAAAAUUCCGCGCACUUUGAAGAAGGCAUCGUCAAAUCCCUCCAAUCCGCAUGGGCGACGUACGACGAGUGGCAAUCGCGCGCAGCCUCUUCCACCCAAACUCAACUGCGCUCCCUAUCCACAGCCAUGGGCGCUCUGGCCCCGGAUAGAGAGUGGAUUAGUUUUGCGGCUAGGAGCGACCAUUUGUUGGAUCCGGAGACGCCGCUGAGGGAUAUGGAAGUGCUCAAGUGGCCGAUGAAAGACGAGCCGUGUGUCGCACCCGUCCACACGGGGCAUCUCGAGCGCAAGAAGCGGUUUACGAGAGCGUAUCAGGAGGCGUAUUUUGUGCUUACGCCCGCGGGGAGCCUCUUCCACCCAAACUCAACUGCGCUCCCUAUCCACAGCCAUGGGCGCUCUGGCCCCGGAUAG